GUCGGUGGUUCUGGUGUCAUGUUCAGGUGGGUCACAUGACCCGACUCCAGCCUCCCAGACAGAAGGACCUCUGGCUGUAGAGCAGAACCAGAACCAGGCAGGAAGGAUGAAGGAGUAGCUCUUUGGUUCUGGUUCUGAUCAGAACCCGGUUUUAAUGACUCUGUGUUUUUUCAGGUUAUCGGAUCAGAACACAGAAGAGGAUCCAACCAGAGGAUGAAGAGUUCCAGGUGUGAUCCUUUCUAUGGAUGAAGUCUCUUCUGGAACCGUUCACAACUCAGGACAGCAGACCCGACCGGAACCAGCAGGCAGGAUGGCGAGCGCCGGCCCGGCCAGGAAGCCGUACCGCAAGGCUCCGCCGCAGCACCGCGAGACGCGCCACGGCCUGACCCCUGCCUCGCCGCCGCCCGCCCCGCGGCCCGACUUCAGCCAGGAGGCGCUGUCAGACUCCGACAGGAUCAGAAUCCUCCAGCAGCAGAACGAGGACCUGCGGCACCGCCUGUCACUCUCCACCCACAAGAUGGAGGCCAUGGAGGCGGAGUUUGAGGGCAGCCGUCACUACAUGGAGGCAGAGCUCAGCCGGACCAGAGACGACCUGGACAAGAUGAGGGACAAGUUCCGCAGACUCCAGAACAGCUACACGGCGUCGCAGCGAGCCAAUCAAGACCUGGAGGAGAAGCUGCACGCUCUGGCUGCCGUCAGUCAGACUUGGGUUCAUGCACUACGGAAGGUGGAGAGGGACAAAAAGACGAUGGACCAGGAGAUUGUGGAGCUCACCAACAAACUUCUGGAUGCUAAGAACACCAUCGACCGCCUGGAGGAGCUCAAUGAGCGCUACAGGCAGGACUGCAACUUGGCCGUUCAGCUACUCAAAUGCAACAAAUCCCACUUCAGGAACCACAAGUUUGCUGACCUGCCCUCGGAGCUGCAGGAAAUGCUCAACAAGCACAUGAAGUCCAGCCUCCCGGAGCGAAGCCCUGCCCCCAGCGGCCAGGACCCGGACACCCUGAGCCUGACGCACGCCGAUGUCGUGCCGACCUCCGUCAUCGCCCGCGUCCUGGAGAAACCUGAGCCGCUGGUUCUGAACUCGGCCCAGUCCAGCAGCUGUGGCCGGCCGGUGGCCGAGGAUGUCUUCGUCCACGUGGACAUGACUGACCCGGCCGGCGCCGAGGCUCGGGAGGACAGCGCCAGCCGGGAGGCAACGCAGCACAACGGUUCCUGCCGCAGCCAGAGCAGCCUGGACGAGGAGGCGGGCGGGGUGCCAGCCUUCGAGAAGCUCAACCCGUACCCGCCGCCGCCGCCUCACCCGCUCUACCCGGGCCGCAAGGUCAUCGAGUUCUCAUCCGACGACAAGGUGAAGAUCCCCAAGAACUCGCCGCUGCCCAACUGCACCUACGCCACGAGGCAGGCCAUCUCCCUCAGCCUCGUCCAGAACGACGACGAGCGGGUCGGCCCCGGAAGCCCCGCCCCUUCCUCCUCAUCCGGGGGCGGGGGCAGAGCCAACCAGCACACGCCGCCGUCACAGCGAGACGCUGCCAGCGAGCCGCUCUCUGCCCAGUCCAGUCCCUUCAGCAGCCCGCCGCAGGCACCGAGCGUCCCGGCCAGCUCCGCCAGCUCCGAGGAGGAUCUGCUCGCCAACUGGCAGCGGAUGUUUGUGGAGAAGAUGGCGCCCUCUAGCGAGGGCUCCGUGAUGCACCGCACGUCGUUCAGCAGCCAGACGGCGCAGGAGCUGCAGAGGCGACGGCAGGCGGCAGGGGGCGGGGCCGGCUCGGAGCGUCACAGGGCGGCGUACUCGGACGGAGAGGAAGGCUCAUCGGCCCGCAGCUGGACACCGAGCCGCGGCUCCAGUCUGGACACGGACACCGACACGGAACCGCAGUCUGGCAGGAGGCGCUACGGCGGCGGGAACGGCCCCGAGGAGGCGGAGCUGCUGAUGGACCUGGAGGACGAAACCGGCAGCGCGGACACCGCCGUCACCGUGACGACCGCAGACGCCCACGGGAAGACGGAGGAGGACGACAGCUCAGCCGAAGAGAGAGACAUUCUUCCACGCGAGCUGCCCAACAUCUCGCCCCGCCUCCUGGAGUUCGACCCCGCCCCCGGCCUGCAGCGGCCAAUGAGGAGCCCCAAAAGGAUGGGCGUGCACCACCUGCACCGCAAGGACAGCCUGACCCGGGCCCAAGAGCAAGGCACGCUGCUGGACUGACCGUUGCCAUGGAAACCCGGCCACAGGCCACGCCCAGGAAAUAGCCAUACCUGACGUACGCUGCCGAGCAUGCCGCCUGGCUUCCAUCAGCUGAGCAAUUUCACUUCCUGUUUACACAGACAGACAGGAUGCUGAAAAACCGGCCAUCCUUUAAUUUGACCCCUGGGGGUCGGCGACCCGGAGCCGCUCCACCAGGUGUCCCCCUGGUUAAUGUUUUUACUUCCUGUUUUGUGAUGCAACGUCACCAUCAGGAAACUGUCAUCAGUGUUAGAAGGUGAACUUUGACCUUAGGGCCAGCCUGACCCGAUUUCUGAUGAUCGGACCGGUUCUGGAUCGAUCUCGGAAACCCAGAAAUAUCUCGUUUCCCAAACAGAUGCUUUUAUUUUGAAAGAACAAAUUGGACACGCUCGGACUCUCAGUGCCUCCAUCACUUCCUGUCCCAGAGGUUGUGAGUUUGACACUGGGCUCAACUUAAAGGCUUUUAUUUUGACAUCUGUAGCUGCUGGUUUCCUGUCACGUGUCCAGGCAGGUGAUUGGCUGGUGUUUGGCCCCGCCCCUCCACCCCAUACACAGAUUGUCUCACGGGGGGCGGGGCAGUGGGCGGAGCUCCAGCUCACCUGGAAUGUAACAUCACCAUUUUGUAAACCUGACGUUCUGAUUGGUCAUCACUGAGUUUGAUUUUAUUUAUAAUUCUACGGCAUCCUGUUAGUGCCAAAACACGGCUGGAGCUCCUCCUGGUGGUGACGGGAGGAAGUGCAGCUCUGUUUUUGGCACCUCAGGGCUUCCUCAGCCGGUCCGAAUGUGGACCCGCCUCCUCACAGCGCUGACUGUGGCUCACUGGACCGACCAGCUGAUCACUGAAUGUUCUGAUGAACGGUUCUGGCCGGAUCCAUCACUGAAUGUUCCGUCUCUCACCAGAGUUGUUUCUGUCUUGAACGUUCAGAAAUUAUUUUCAUAAAAACUUAAAUAUUUGGUUUAUUUUGAUUCUGGUUGAAUGUUUGCUGUUUCAGUCUGUGGUUCUGGAACAACCCGGCGGCUCUGACCCAGUUACGACUUUGCACUUCAACCGUUUGGGUCCGUUUACCUGUCUAGAUCUGAUCAGAACCUCUGUUCACUCUGAGGGUUCAGCCCGGAUAGAACCGGUUCCAGUACCAGAACCAGAGCUGCAACUUGCACCUGGUUUCAGGUUCUGUAGGCAAGAACCAGAACCUUUUGAUCCAAACAAAACCGAUCCAGACUCCUUCAGGUUCUGCUGCAGAGACAUCGGACCCUCCUCUUCAUCAGCUGCUGUUGAAUUAUUCACUCUUUUCCGUCUGGUUCGGUUCUGAGGUUUUGGGUCAGCUGUGAGCCACCAGGUUACAUGCAGGAGGUUCUGUCCAGUCUGAACCUGAGCUGUUUCUGGGUUAGAACCAGAAACAGCAGAACUUCAGCUGCAGGUCCUCACAGAGACACAUAGACCCAUCUGACUGUGUGCUUAAUAUGUCAAGAGCCCCAUGAGGCUCAAAGACGAGAGUGUGUGUGUGUGUGUGUGUGUGUCCUUCCUCCAUCUUUAAUGACUCUUCCUCAUGAACUCUACCAGCCAGGCUCACCUUCAUCACUCCUCCUCUUCAUUUUUACCCCCUUUCAUCUGUUUGACCUCUGACCUCCUGAUUAUGGACUUUAUUUCUCCUGUUGAUCGUCACUCAGAUUUAAUUAUUCAGCCUGAUGAAGGAUCAGAAACUUCUGGACCAUAACCUUUGGUUCUGGAUUGGUUCUGAGAAUGUUAUCAGAUCCACUGACCUCAGCAGAGGACCAAGGUCACGACCCUGAGGAACGCCAACAGGAACCAGAACCUUCCUGUUCUCCUGAACCAAUAUGUCAAAGAUCUGUUUCAACUUUUUCUGAGAUUAAUACAUAUAUUAACAAUCAGACUGAAAUUCAUCUGAUCGGCACCAGAAUGAUCCGGUUCAGCCACGUAUGAAUCGAUUGACCCGAGUUCCAUCAGAACCACUUCAGUUAGUGAUCCGGGUCGGGACGUUCUGGUUCUGGGAGUCGGUCUGCAGGUCAAAACUCAGUUUGACUCAUUUUAUAGUCUCCCUUUGACCUGGUCUCCAUGGAGAUUCUCCAGAACCAUCAGAACCUGAAUUAAACUUGGCAUGAAGUGAGGUGGUGCGUUCGGGCGUCUGCUGAUGCGUUCAGGUGCCAUCAGUGUUUUUCUCCCACUCUGACGCUGAAUGAAGCUCACAUGGACCCUCGGAGCCGACUCACCUGGGGUCAGGUGGACAUUGAUCGGGGGACUUUAGCCCCGCCUCCUCCAGGUGCUGCUCUCACCUGGCAGACCUCAGCGGUUUCUUCUCCAGAGAAAUCUCUGACUGUUAAACUGGUUUUAUUUUCUCAGUUUGAAACGAUGAUGUAUAUUUUAAAACAAAUAAAAUAUUUUAAAUGAA